AUGGCGCCCUCCAAUACCCUCCGCUCAGAACGCGAAAAGAAAAUCAAAGCCCUUCUCACCUUCGCCGACUCCAUCUCCACCCGCCUCACCUCUAACCCCUUCGACACUACCCUAGCCACCGAUCUGCAAGCUCAAAUAACCUCGCUCCCUCUGCCUGCAUCCUCCGCCCUGAAUGCGAAGCGCGACGAGCUCGACAAGGUCGGGACGGAGCUAUGGAACACUUCGACGCGUUUGAAGCGUGAGGAAAGCCGCGAAGGCUUGGGAAAGAAGGUGCUCUGCCUGCUGCGCGCCUUCGCGUUCCUGUUGCUGGAGAGCGCUGCGGCUGGGCUAAAGAGAAAAGGAACCGCGGGUGCCGAUAGCAAGGAUGAAGGUGCGGUCGUGAGGUUGAUGAAGGUCGCGCUUAAGAGCUCGCGGGUGUGUCUUGAGGCUGGCAUGGUGGAUGUGUGUUCGAAGGUCAUGGAGAGGGCGGCGACCUUGGAGGAGGAGUUGGCCGCGGAGAAAGAUGCGGAGACGGGGCCGGAGAGUGAUGAGGCGAAUAGGAGGCUGAGGGUUGAGUACCUGGUGCUUAGGUCUGCGCUGGCAUGGCGGCAAGGUCGCAUGGACAUUGCGGAGCACAUGUUCUCCAAAGAUGAGCUGUCUGGUCACCAACUUGAUCCCGCGAUUGCGGAGAGUUUGUCGGAUUUGCUGUAUGAGAUUGGCAAGGACCAACUCAAGCACGGUCGUUACGAGGCUGCUGUCAAGUGGUUAGAAAGGGCACAUGAGAUGCUCGGAGACCAUGAGCUGGAGAGAUUGAGUGCUGAUGCUGGGGAGCUGAGGUUGAGUAUCAUGCAAAGCUUGGGUAUGCAUGCUGUCCUAGGCGAAGCAAACUUCACUAAUGAUGGCUCAGUCCAGUCGCUCUUGAAGCUUAGUGAUCUCCCCGAAGAAUCUGAUGCGCACACGAUAGACGGCGACCAGUAUUACGGGGUUCUACUUCGUAUGGCCCGCAGCGCAGUCCUCACCGAGACAAGUCUCAAAACGUGCGAACACCCAUCCAUCUUCUUUUACGGACUAACAGAAAUUAGGAUAAUGCAUCAUGUGUAUAAGCUCAAAGAUCAAAGUAAUGCGACCGCCUGCAAGAUCCUCGACGACCUUAUAAGGAUACGGUUGUUCGGGGAAAACAACCAAGACUGGAUUGAAAAGGUUACGAUUACAAGAACGUGGAUUACGACUAAGGGUCCACAUGCCGAGGAUAUGCUGGAAGGUCUCCGGGACAUAUUUGAUGAGGUCUCACAGAACACGAAGACUACAUUCAGUGCACCAGCUACACAUGCGGCGCAAACCUUGAUAUGGAAACAAAUCGAAUACGCCUAUAGCCAGAAUGAAUAUCAGUCUUCAGAAGCGUGGUGUGCUCUUGCUGUCCAUGCCCUAUUCGACAAAGCCGGAGAGUCGAACAAAGCAAAGAUAGCAAGGAAAAUGAUCCUAUGUGCCUUAGCGAGGAAGGACUGGGAAGCUGCUCGAGACGCUUUCACUCGGAUGUCCGAUUUCGGCAAAGCAGAGCCCAUGACGAGAUAUAUAAUGUACAAAGCCUCUCUAAGGAGCGGAGAUGCGGAGCUUGCUACGCAAUGUCUGGACAUCGUAUGCCAGCAAUCCACCAAGGAUGCAACAUUACUGUACGCCUGCGUUCUCGAGGCACAACAAACCGGUGAUAAGAGGCAAGCCGUCGUAGCGCUUCAAAAAGUUCUCGAGAAAUACGACUAUGGUGCUCCUGCUGGCGUGAACCUGCCAGCGCUUCUACGAUGCACUGUUCGCCUCCUAUCCCCUCUACUUGUGGAAAAUGGGAAGAUCAAUGAAGAUGUUGCGGAAGAACUAUCUAAGGUAUUGGAAGGAGGCGCAUGCAUGAAGUUCAUAUUACUAGUGAGAGAUCAGAAGACAUCGGACAUGGCAGAUGAGCUGACUCUUCGCCUCCUUUUUUGCGAUUUUCUUUCGGCAUGCGCGUACGUAGUGUUAGCCAGAGCAGAGGACAACCUGCAAGCCUCCGCUCAGCGUUACCUCUCUGUCCGCUACCACGCGGAUAAUUUCAUGAAAGAACUCUCAGACUACCUCGAAAAGGCGGACAUCAAUGACAAUUCCAAAAAGGACCUCAUCUCCAAGCACUUCCAACUCGUCAAGUUCUCGCUCGAAGCCUCCCUCAAACUCUCCGACUGGGAGUCCAUGGACGCGCUCUUCGAGAAAUGCUUCGCAUACCACGACCCCAAGCACUACGCCACCCUCGCCGACCUCGUCCUCACUAUCCACUCCUAUAUGCUCAAGCGCAAACUCCCCGCCACCUACCUGAAGAAAAUCCUCCGAGUCCUCCAAACCGUCAUCGACAGGGCCUGGCAAAACGACAACUCCGGCAACCCGCUCCCCAACGGCGGCAUCCACCAGCUCGCGCGCUGGAUCCGUUGCCUGUUCCAGCUCGCGAUGGGCCUCGAUGAAUCGCUUGCGCAGAAAUGCCUCUCCCAAGCGGUCGCGAUCGCGGAGAAGCGGAAGGGCACCGCGGAGAGGUUCCCGAGUCUAGAGCUCGAGUGGCUGGUGGCAACGGCGUGGAAUCAUACGGUUGAUCUGUAUUGCAUGAAUGAUGAUAAGAAGUGCGAGGUUUGGGCGGAUUUGGCGAUGGCGUUGGCGGGCGCGGCGGAGGACGGGGGCGCGCUGCAGAACACGUUGGUUGGGAAUCGGUCGGGGUUGCAGUGGGAGAAGGCGGAUUAAGUGGAUGGGGGAGGGGGUGUUUGUGUGAUCAGGUUCAAGUCGCUCGGGUUUGCGCUUUGUUUUGUCGGUGCUGGUAGAUCGUUGGGGUGCUGCCGGGGGUUCUGAGCGUUGGUCGUGAGAAAUCGGGUUAUGGUCAGAGUCAGGGGCUGGAGCAGCAGUACGCAGCAGCGAGCCGCACUUCCCUUUUCUUUACGUCUAGUAGAAGUCCGACCAGGGUGAAGGCUUGCUUAGUGCCGGAUUCUAGUGUAUGCGAGACGGCGCCGCAGCCGUCAGCGCUAUAAAAAAAUUCCUCAACUUCUACGGUAGCUCGCCGCCUGCGUUAUAGACAGC